GUCUGUCCGGGGGCUCGUCCUGGGGGCUCUGUCCAUCCGGAGCCCGUGCCCGUCCGGGGGCUCUCCUCCGGUGUCCGUGUCUGUCCAGGGGUGCGUGUCCUUCGGAAGACUCUGCCCCGCGUGGUCCAUCUCGGUCCGGGGGCUCUGUCCAGGCUUUAUAUUAAGACAUGGUUACUGACUUUGAUGAAAAACAUGACGAAUACUUAAUAUCCCUUCAGCAGAGAAACAGGUUACUGGAACGGUUAAAGAGAAAAGAUCCUGUGCAGAUCAGGCUGGAGCAGCUGGAACAAGGCUUUUCUCUCUAUGUGAAUGGAGCUAAUUCAGAGCUGAGAAGCCACCGCCGAAAAACCAACUCCCACGGCUGCCUUAAAAACGAGACAAAGGCCUCCAGGACAAAUGCAGCCCAGCUAGGGGAGAGGGAGUUGCCAGAACACAGCACACAGACUGCACCCACCAAGAUCCAACGCAGGAAUUGGCUCCAGAAAACUGUGGCAAUUAAAACAGAAAAAGGGGGUAAACUCUACAUUAAACCAUCUCUUCAGUACUCUGAGGAUUUUGAACCUUAUGAAAGCUUGACCUUGGAGACAAAUGGUGAUGAUCCUCUCCAUUACUCCCAGGAAUUGAGGAGCAGCUUGCAACACAGUGUAGAAGAGGAAGGGAUGGAAGAAGACUCUCUUAGUGAUGACUCUGACUCUGUUGAAGAGGAUGUAUUUUCAGAGCCAUCUCCCACUGAGGAAGACAUUUCAAGCUUUGAAGACCUUCAUUUCCAUGGCAGUAGGUCACUGCAGAAAGAGGUUUCUGAGCAUCAGGAUGUCGGGAGGUGCUCUGGCCUUGAUUGUGGUGCCCUCACUGUGCUGGAGUCCAACCAGGAUCAGAGCAAAGUGAAGCCAGUGCGAGUUCUGUCUGCCAAAAGGAAGGACAGUGCUGAAUUGUACAUUCCUGUCAGACCAGUCAUGGUGAAAAACAAAGGCACUCGGCCACUCUCUGCUGAGUUCUUGCACCAGGAAAGACACGAAAAAAUUUGUUCUAGACCCUUAAGUCGACCAGAGAGGUCACUGUCAGCAACUCGGAAGAACGUGUGCGAGAAGGAUCCUGAUCUCUCGGUUUCAGCUGUGGUUCAAGCCAUGAAAACUGAGAAUGAAGCCUUGCAGAGAGACCUACAAAGCUCCACAGGCCCUGAAAAGAAGAAAUCUUCUGUUUCAUCUCUUGUUUCCUCAAUGACUGAACCUCCAGAAAAAAGCCAGACAAGGAGUGCAGUGACAAAAGCUGAGAGAAUCUGUCCUUUUGGAAGCAGACAAAAGAAGAAACUUCUGAAAGUCUUUCUGGAGCAUGAGAGCCAUUCUGCCUGUGACAAUGACAGAUCCCUGGCUGAUGACAAAGCUGAAGCAGAUUCCAUGUUGAGAGAGAAGGUGACAGCCAGCGUGGAAGUGCAUGAUGCCAUUUAUGUGACUAUGGAACUGCUUUCCAACUGGGGAAAUCCAGGAAACGUGGGCCUGAGCCAGGUGGAAUUCUUUGAUUUACACAACGAGAAGAUCUUUGUGUCUCCCCAUGAUGUGGACAUUCGAAAUGCUGACAACCCAGGGGAUUUGUGCUGCCUGGUCAAUAAGAAUUUAAAUCUCAGGAAGGAAAGCUGCCUCUGGAUGUGCCCUUUCCAUCCGCCCAUCCAACUGUACUUUGUUAUCCGCAAUCCCACCCGGUCAUGUGACUUUGGUAUAUCCAAGAUCAAGAUUUGGAAUUACAGCACAACAACUCCCAGUGACCUCGAUGUUGGAGCAAAGAAGGUGAAGUUAUAUGUUGAUGAGAACCUUGUAUUUGAGGGUGAAUUAGAGAGAGCCUCUGGAGAUCUCUUUGCUGACCAUAACACUACAAUUGACCUUACAGAUCACAAGCAAGAUACCUCUGCAUCUCCCUCAGGUGAAAGGAAAGAAGUAAAUGCAGUCACAGACAAGGAAGCAGACCUACAUUUUAAAUGCUCAGAAUCAAGGACUACUUCACUAAACUGGAAAUCCCUGCCAGAAGAAAAUCUUCUUAAGCAUAAAAUGAACUCAAUCAGCUUUACAAAGAAAAAUUUGCCAGAGUUAGAGGAUGAUCUAAAAGCAUUCCCAUCUCAAGUUUGUAUAAAAGAUACCAGAGAGAAUUCAGCAGUAGCAGCAGUUGUGGAGCACGUUCAGUCUGAUGAUGAACUUUCUCUGAGUGAACAAAUGGAAAAGUUAACAGGGAGAAAAUUGUCUGAUUCCACAGGUGCACUUCCACCUUGGUUACAGUCAUCUUCCCAAGUAACUGAGAACAGUCAUGUUACUCCCAGUAAGCAGAAGCCUUCCUGGCUUGCUACAGAACGUAGUUUAAGCUCGAGAUUUCAAACACAGUCAGAUGGAAUCAUGAAAAACUUCUCAGACCUGACAAAUGAGGAUGUCAAAUGUCAGAGAAAUGAACUGGGAAGACCCAGUAGUAGGAAUGCAAAUGGAGAUGAGAGGUCACUAGUGCUGACCAGAAAGGAUGGUGAUGUGGGCUUGGACAUUUUGGAGCAGCUUUCUAACAGGAAUUGCUGCAGCUCACAGUACCCUACGAGUGGAAGGAGAAGUGUCAGAUGUGGUAAAAAGCUGGGAUUAAACACUAUAAAUCUUGGAGAAGAGGAUUCUGCCCACAAAGAUGAAGACUUUUCCAUCAAGGACGUAGCAGCCUCCAGAGCGAAGUGGUGCAGUGAACAAGAGCACACUCUGCAGGAGUCCUGGAACUCCUUGGUGAAAUUUAAUUAUUCCCAUCGCGGCCGGAUCUCGAACAUGGAUUUUCAAGGGGAUAUCUUUGAUGAGUUCCUCCACCAACAGAAGCUCAACCGCUCCGGAGAAUGUCAGCAAGUGAGGAAAGAGGGACUGCAAACACUACCCAAGAGGCAAGAGGAAGAAAGUGCUGUGGAGGCACAUGAUGGAAAUGAUUUUAAAAUUCCCGUUUUACCUUAUGGGCAGCACUUAGUGAUAGACAUUCGAACAACGUGGGGAGACAGGCAUUAUGUUGGUCUUAAUGGAAUUGAAGUUUUCAGUUCUAAAGGAGAUCCUGUUCAGAUUGCAAAAAUAACAGCUGAACCACCUGAUAUAAAUAUUUUACCAGCUUAUGGGAAUGAUCCCAGAAUAAUAACCAACCUAAUUGAUGGGGUGAAUCGGACACAGGAUGAUAUGCAUCUCUGGCUGGCACCAUUUACCCCUGGAAAACCUCACUUUAUCUUUAUUGACUUUGUGAAUCCCUGUCAGGUAGCUAUGAUUAGGAUUUGGAAUUACAAUAAAUCUCGAAUCCACUCUUUCAGAGGUGUGAAAGACAUUAUCAUGCUGUUAGAUGAACAAUGCAUCUUUAAAGGAGAAAUUGCCAAGGCCUCAGGAACAUUGUCUGGAGCUCCAGAGCACUUUGGGGACACUAUAUUGUUCACUACUGAUGAUGAUAUUCUUGAAGCUAUAUACUGCUAUGAUGAGACAUAUGAUGGAGAAAUGGAAAAUGCCAGCUCCUUGAGAUAUGAGGAAGAGCUAAAGAGGCCAACAACUGCUGACAGGGAGGGAGAUGAAAGACCUUUUACACAAGCAGGUUUGAGAACAGAAAAUCAACAGGUUCUAGAGCCAGACUCUUUCUCUGAAUGUACACCUAAGGAGACAGGAAUAUUUACUGGAAAAUGCCUGCAGCUGAAUUUUACCAUGACCUGGGGAGACUCCCAUUACCUCGGACUGACAGGACUUGAGGUGAUAGGGAAGAAUGGUCAAGCACUAAAAAUCAGCACAGAACAGAUUUCUGCUUCACCCCAAGACUUAAACGAUCUUCCAGAGUACACAGGAGAUUCCAGAACGCUGGAAAAGUUAAUAGAUGGGACUAAUAUCACAGUAGAGGAUGACCAUAUGUGGCUCAUUCCUUUCUCUUUUGGAGAAGAUCAUCUGCUCACAAUCCAUUUUGAUAAAAUUGAAAGUAUCGCAGGGCUUCGCUUUUGGAACUAUAAUAAAUCUCCAGAGGAUACCUACAGAGGGGCCAAGGUGGUCCACGUGUUGCUGGAUGGGCACAGCAUCUCCCCGCUGGAGGGGUUCCUCAUCCGCAAGGGACCAGGAAAUUGCCACUUUGACUUUGCCCAAGAGAUUCUCUUUCUUGACUAUCUGCAGCCCCAGCCAACUAAUAAAGUGCACAGGAGGACUGGGGCAAAGAGAAUGGAACAAGCCAGCAUGGACUAUGAAGCACCCUUAAUGCCAUGUGGUUUUGUUUUCCAGUUUCAGCUCCUGACAAGCUGGGGUGAUCCAUACUACAUUGGUUUGAAUGGACUGGAGUUGUUCAAUGAACAUGGAGACCAAAUCUUACUAACUGAGAACAACAUCGCUGCUUUUCCAGACAGUGUCAACAUUUUGGAAGAUGUGUCUGGAGACAUCCGAACUCCAGACAAACUCAUUGACAGAGUCAAUGACACGACUGAUGGCAGGCACAUGUGGCUGGCACCAGUUCUGCCUGGCUUGGUGAAUAGGGUGUAUGUCAUUUUUGAUGUACCUACUACCGUGUCAAUGAUCAAGUUAUGGAAUUAUGCCAAAACGCCUCAGAGAGGUGUGAAAGAGUUCGGGCUUCUGGUGGAUGACUUGCUGGUGUACAAUGGGAUUCUGGAGAUGGUGAGCCAUGUGGUGUCAGGAAUCCUCCCAACCUGCGACCCAGUGGUCCCAUAUCACACCAUCCUCUUCACAGAUGAUGAGAAGAUUUGCCAUCAGGAGAAGAGAACUGUUAUUAGCAAUCAUGUGGGAGACCAGGAUGUCCGAAUGAUGAAUGAAAAUGAGAUUGUCACAAACAGCAAAAAGAAGCAAGUUGUGGCUGAUCCAGCCUUGCGUCCAAAAACCUGCAUGUGUGAGAAAGGGCUGCAGAGGAGGAAAAGAUAACAAGGGAAGUCCUGGAUGCAUCCAGCCCUGAAUAACUGCAAUCCAGAUCUCCAAGAUGUGCAUCAUCCAAAUGGAAGAUUUUCUACGUCUGCUGUUGCUGAACCACCUCCUGUCUUAUGAGGGGCAGUUUUAUUUGCCACAGGAAAUUUUCUGCAGAAUGAAAUCUAAAGCAUGAAUUUAUUUUCCUGGGGGUUCUUUGUCAUGAUCUGUCUGAUUUUUUCCCCCUCAUCUCUUAAUUGAAAAUCCAGGGAGGAAGGAACAUAAAGGAGAGAGUGAGAACUGUACUGCUGACAACUGUUCCUGCCAAGUACUGAGAACUUGGGUGAAGCAGGAUGGUUUUAUAACCACAGGUUUUUCAGAUUGUAUUCAAGCUUUUUUUCCUAAAUCCUAGCUGGAUGAUCACGAAGAUCCUCACUAGAAGGAACUGUUGCUUUAUUUCUGAUGCCUGUAAACAGUUCUCUGGGAAAUGCACUUAUUAGAGGAAAUAACUCUUUACCUGUCUGUCUCUGGGCUGCCACUGCCUGUUUUGAUGCUGUGGCUCUCAGCAGGAGCUGACACUGUUUCUGACACCUGGAGAGGUUCCCCUGGGCUUGCAGAAGUGUGAUGGAUGCUUUUAGGAAAUGGAGAUCAGGAAGAAGGUUUAUCAAGGUUUAGCAAGUGCAUUUCAGCUGUCAUUUCUUUCAUGUUUUGCAGUGAAAUAAUAAUUUCUUUCAUUACUUCACUACCAUGAAAAAAGCAAAUGAGGUGUUUUGCCUGGAGUGCCAUUGACAGGCACUCUACACAUUCUUCAGAGUCCUCCUGCUGCAAAGCAAUGUUCUUUUGUCCUAUUUUGCCUGCUCUUGUUUAUAUGAACAAGGAGGCCAUACUUCUGUGCUGCACUAUCCACAUCUGUUGCCAGCAACAUAUUGUCACUUCUGAGAAAUGGUAAAUGCAUUUUAAGUAGCAGAAGGUAAGGAACAGAGUGCAUUUUUACACAAAAAAUACCCUGCUAUGUAGUCACUGGAACAAAAGCUCUAACCAGAUAAAUAUGCUGCAGGAUUUGCUAUGCAAAUGUACUUUUCACUGGAAAUUUGGUGUUUGUGACAACCUGAAUAAGUUUCCUCCAUAGUAGAUUCUUCCUUUCUCAUUUAGAACUCGCUCAUUCUAACCCAAGCCAGUUGAUGAUUCCAUGAUUGUUUCCAGAGAGAACUGAACACUGAAGCCAGGAUGUGCUUUUAGACAUAAAACAAAGUUACUGUUGCAGCUGUUGCUGUAGAAUCAAACUGUUCUGCUUCCCUUUCUGUCCUAAGUCAGGAGUGUAAUAUUUUGUAUAUUUGCUUAUUAAAACUUCACUGCUGUUGGCUAAGCUGAAAAGACACGAGAUAGCAAUGCAUUUCCCAAAUUUCUAUGUAUUGAUGGACCAACAAAAUGUAUUUUGUACUAAAUACAAACCACUUUAUUUCUAAAUGUGAAA